AUGUUGCUGUCUGGUGCGGUGAAGUCCAACAGGAGGGUAUGUUUACAAGUGUUGCCGUCUGGUGCAGUGAAGUUCAAUAAGAGGAUAUGUUUGCAUGUGUUGCUGUCUGGUGCAGUGAAGUCCAACAGGAGGGUAUGUUUACAAGUGUUGCUGUCUGGUGUAGUGAAGUCCAACAGGAGGGUAUGUUUGCAUGUGUUGCUGUCUGGUGCAGUGAAGUUCAACAAGAGGGUAUGUUUGCAAGUGUUGCUGUCUGGUGCAGUGAAGACCAACAGGAGGGUAUGUUUGCAUGUGUUGCUGUCUGGUGCAGUGAAGUUCAACAAGAGGGUAUGUUUACAAGUGUUGCUGUCUGGUGCAGUGAAGUCCAACAGGAGGGUAUGUUUGCAUGUGUUGCUGUCUGGUGCAGUGAAGUUCAACAAGAGGGUAUGUUUACAAGUGUUGCUGUCUGGUGCAGUGAAGUCCAACAAGAGGGUAUGUUUGCAAGUGUUGCUGUCUGGUGCAGUGAAGUCCAACAAGAGGGUAUGUUUGCAAGUGUUGCUGUCUGGUGCAGUGAAGUUCAACAAGAGGGUAUGUUUGCAAGUGUUGCUGUCUGGUGCAGUGAAGUUCAACAAGAGGGUAUGUUUGCAAGUGUUGCUGUCUGGUGCAGUGAAGUUCAACAAGAGGGUAUGUUUGCAUGUGUUGCUGUCUGGUGCAGUGAAGUCCCGGUCUCUACAUCCUGUUGUCCAAUCGUAUAUUCAGGUUGCAGAUAUGUCCUCAAAAGCAUCGUCAAGAUCAACAGCUGAGCGGCAACGUCUGGAUAAUCUGCUCAAAGUGGCUCGCUCCUGCCUUCAAAUCACUGCACUGUACGUGGUUUGCAAGAUACCCUUUACCGUGGUGGUAUUACGCGCAAGUGUAUCCCCUGAGACUGUCGACCGGAUGCUGGCAGAGCUCCUGUGGCUACUCAGUACUGCAAACGCCGCAACUUCACCCUUUGCAUACGGCAUGUUGAAGUUGUCAAAACUGAAGUGUUGCAAGUCCACGGGGAGACCAGCUCCAGCUGUUCCCGUCCCAGCACCAUCAGCGAGACAAGCCCCGCCGGACCCUGACCGCCGAGAUUCACCCGUCAACGUCACGGGAACACGCGGCAUCGACACGCUGAUCCACGUCAGGCCAGAUGAAGCGCAGCGUGUCACCCCCAUGGCGUCAGACAGGACCGGCUGUUCAGUACUGGCAGCUGACACAGUUUCCCCGUGCGACCCGAGGGUAUAACACACUGUAAGAGCUGACCCUUAUAGCCCUGGUAAUAAUCAAAACGGAAAAGUUUCAAGUGCAUUGUCGAGUUAUUCUAAAGCCUGAACGUCUGUUAUAGAAUCACCAAUAGAAACAAAGUUUUCAAAUUUCUCAAGUUAUGAUAUGAUAUGAUAUGAUAUGAUGAUAUAUGAUAUAUGAUAUGAUGAUAUAUGAUGAUAUAUGACAUGAUGAUAUAUGCUAUGCUAUGCUAUGAUAUGAUAUGAUAUGAUAUGAUAUGAUAUGAUAUGAUAUGAAUCAGACAGCAACAUAAUGUUAUAAACCCAAGAUCAAUUUGUAAUUCAAUUGUGUUCGAUCAAUGGUAUUUGGGUGGGAAAUGUUAAUGAGAAAGUGGACACAAUUUAUGGAUAACAUCUUCUUUAAUACUGUGCUACUACUAAGUUGUUAUCCAUAAAUUGUGUCCACUUUGUCAUCCGUCACCUUCUAAGUAAUGCCUAUCAAACAAUUAUUGUUAUUAAUCAGGUGUUAAUUAACUGUUAUACAACAGGUCCAGAAUGACAAACCUUAACAUGUUCCUGAACAAAA